GUACAAGCUUAUCUUAGUACAGGAAACGACUUUACUACGGCGUCGGCGAUGCGUGUGUAUCUUGAGUAGACGUUGACGGUCAAGAUCGAAAGACUUCAGAAAGACCGAGUAUGGAGCUGCGGCCGUUGGUCAUGUGCUUUGCGCUGUGCAUGGUCUAUGCCUCCAGUAAACCCACCAUCGAGAAGAAGGACCGUGUCCACCAUGACGACCAGCUUAGCAACCGCAACCAUGAUGAUGCAGAUAACUUUGAUUAUGACCAUGAAGCAUUUCUUGGACAGGAAGAGGCCAAGACCUUUGAUCAGCUCACACCUGAAGAGAGCAAGGAGAGACUGGGUAUGUUGGUAGAGCGUAUAGAUGAGGACAGGAAUGGCUAUGUGUCAGUAGAGGAGAUGAAGAAGUGGAUCAAACACAGUCAGAAGAGAUGGAUCUAUGAUGAUGUGGACCGCCAGUGGAAAGGUCACGACCUUAACGGAGAUGGACUGGUGUCCUGGGAGGAGUACAAGAAUGCUACGUACGGAUACAUACUGGAUGACUCAGACCCAGAAGAUGGCUUCAGCUACAGACAGAUGAUGUCACGUGACGAGAGGAGAUUCAAAAUGGCCGACCUGGACGCGGACCUGAAGGCCAGUAAAGAGGAGUUUACAGCCUUCCUCCAUCCUGAGGAGUACGACCAUAUGAAGGAUAUAGUUGUACUGGAGACCAUGGAGGACAUUGAUAAAAACGGAGACGGCUUCAUAGAUCUGGAGGAGUACAUAGGAGACAUGUAUAACCAGGAGGAUCCUUCAGAGCCAGAGUGGGUGAAGACAGAGAGAGAACAGUUUACUGAGUUCAGAGACAAAAACAAAGAUGGCCUCAUGGACAAGGAGGAGACCAGAGACUGGAUCCUCCCCUCAGACUACGACCACGCAGAGGCUGAAGCCAAACACCUGCUCUACGAGUCAGAUAAUGACAAGGAUGGCCGUCUGACCAAGGCAGAGAUCGUAGAAAAGUAUGACCUCUUCGUUGGCAGCCAGGCUACUGACUUUGGAGAAGCUUUGGCAAGACACGAUGAAUUCUAACCCUCAAUUCCGGGGCAAUUCAGUCAUGGAGUUGAAAUCCAAAUUCAAAAGAAGUGCACUAUAUGGAGAAUAGGGUGACAUUUGAGAUGGAGCGUUUCACUCCGAUGCCUAGGACAAUAAUUUAUUUGAUUUCCUGGCCUAUUAUACACACUAGUGAAUACAUAACUUUGUACUAAGUUGUGUACAAGUUUGGACAUCAAGACACACCUGGUUUGGCUCCACCUCCACCAUCCUCUCGUCCAAUCCGGACAAUGGAAAGGAUAUACAGUAUUUCAUUUGUCUUCGUUUGCAGAUCAACUUUCUUUUUUGUAAAAAAAAGUGACAGAAUACAGAUGUUAGUGCUUGUUUA